UCCUUUUCCCAAGCCCCCUCUUCUCCCUCUUUCCCCUCCUCCUCCUUUAUCCCCUCCCUCUGUGUCUCAGUUCUGCAGUAAACGGGGCUGAGGCACAUUCCUGCACUGCAAGGCUUUCUGUUAAGGAUGUUUUGUGGCUUUUGUUUGGAUUGCAGCAUGCAGAAUUACAGCUGUUCAGAGGAGCCUCAUUACAACUCCUGCUGAAGCUCCUAAUCUUCCUCCCUUCUCUUCUGCCCCUACCCCCUACCCUCAUUGGCCUGAAGACAUUGUACCCAGAGUUUGCCUUACUCCCCUGGUGCUAUGUGUAUGGUAAACCUGGUACUAUGGCCGCAUCUGGGACUGGCCAGACAACUGCUGCUGGUUCUCCCUAUUCCAAGAAGGAUUUAAAGGGGAAUUGUACUGCAGGCAGUGCACCAGAGCAGCAUCAGGAGCUUGGGGACUAAGGCUCGUCUGGCAUUAUUACAGACCCACACAGCUGACCGCAAUGACUGCAGCUGCUCCUCUGAACUGUUGGCAGCAGCCAAGCGGCAGCAUGAAGUGAGAGAUCACUCCCGAGCUCAAGAUGAACUCUACCUUGGAUGGUAAUCAGAGCAGCCACCCUUUUUGCCUCUUGACAUUUGGCAAUUUGGAAACUGUCGAUUUUUGCCUUUUGGAAGUAUUGAUUAUUGUCUUUCUCACUGUAUUGAUUAUUUCUGGCAACAUCAUUGUGAUUUUUGUAUUUCACUGUGCACCUUUGUUGAACCAUCAUACUACAAGCUAUUUUAUUCAGACUAUGGCAUAUGCUGACCUGUUGGUUGGGGUCAGCUGCCUGGUCCCUUCUUUAUCACUCCUCCACUACCCCCUUCCAGUGGAGGAGUCUUUGACUUGCCAGGUAUUCGGUUUUGUAGUAUCUGUUCUGAAGAGUGUCUCCAUGGCCUCUCUGGCCUGUAUCAGCAUCGAUAGAUAUAUUGCCAUCACUAAACCUUUAACCUAUAAUACCCUGGUUACGCCUUGGAGACUACGUGUUUGUAUUUUCCUGAUUUGGCUAUAUUCCACCCUGGUCUUCCUGCCUUCCUUUUUCCACUGGGGCAAACCUGGAUAUCAUGGAGAUGUGUUUCAGUGGUGUGCAGAGUCCUGGCACACCGACCCCUACUUCACCCUCUUCAUCGUGGUGAUGUUGUAUGCCCCGGCAGCCCUUAUUGUGUGCUUCACCUAUUUCAACAUCUUCCGUAUCUGCCAACAGCACACAAAGGAGAUCAGCGAAAGGCAAGCCCGCUUCAGCAGCCAGAGUGGGGAGACUGGGGAGGUACAGACCUGUCCCGAUAAGCGCUAUGCCAUGGUCCUGUUCCGAAUUACUAGUGUGUUUUACAUCCUCUGGUUGCCAUACAUCAUCUACUUCUUAUUGGAGAGCUCCACUGGCUACAGCAACCGCUUCGCCUCCUUCUUGACCACCUGGCUUGCUAUUAGUAACAGUUUCUGCAACUGUGUCAUUUAUAGUCUCUCCAACAGUGUCUUCCAAAGGGGACUAAAGCGCCUCUCAGGGGCCAUGUGUACUUCUUGUGCAAGUGAGACCAUAGCUAAGGACCCUUACACAGUUAGGAGCAAAGACCCCCUUAACGGAUGUCAUAUCUGAAGUGGUUCAGACACUGAGUCACUGUGGGGGGGGUGUGUGUGUGUGUGUGUGUUUUUCCUUUUUAUCUCUGUAUUCCUAGUUCACUAGGAAAUCUGGGACAAAAUAAUUAGACUCUAAGCAAUAGCAAACAAAUGAUCCGUCGAAAAUACCUUCUAAGUUUGCAGAAAUUAUUUUCUAAAAAGUGUUUUGGCAUCAGGAGAAUCAGGACUGUGAAGGUAAAUUGCUCUUGGUUCCAGUUUUUGUAAUGUCAUGGAAAUGACUACAUUUUUAAGAUUUAAAAUAAAUAAAGCCAUAUCUAACACCUCUCUUCAGCGGGCAUGACUGAACCUGGGUGUGAAAAGCGUCAGCAUUUUUAAAAAGUCAUUUUCUUGUCGCUUUUCUGGGUUCUUUCCAGCUGUUUGGGCUGCAUAUGCAAUUGAAUUAUUUUAAUGGGGAAUAUUAAAAACCAGUGAUGAAUUAACAGGAUAUAAAAUUUUUCUUUAUAUAUGCCAAAGUAAAACUGUGCUGCAAGUUUCAGCACUGUCAUUUAGAAAGCCAAAUGUUUUACGUUUUAUGUCUUAUUCUCAUAAGAGAAUUCUCAGUACAGUGAAUAAUGUGAACACCUAAACACUAAUUUUAAAAUUUUGCAGUGCACCAUAAAUGAAGCAAAAGUGCAGUCAAAUCAUAUAAUUUUUAUGAAAAGUUGAGCUGCUCUCUGUGCCAUGCUUCAUGGAGAUCUAAAGAACUGUGUGCAUAGAAAGUGAUUGUGUGGUAGUAUUUUUGCCCAUGCCUUUGUGUAUGUGUGUAUUGACAAUAUUUGAAUUUAGAUUACUCUUUACAGCAAAGUGUGUUUUAAUAAGCUGAAAAACAAAUGAUAGGUUAAUUGCUGCCAUUUUUUUUAUAAUGGUGAAAACAUAUAAAAGUAAAUCUUUAGUCUUCUCUUUUUUUUAUCCAGAGACUUUUGAAAUAUAAGACUAUCUGGGAGAAAGGUGUCCUAAGCAACUGAAUGAGAAAAUAUACUGUAUAUUUAACUAAUACAUUUAUAAAAUAGAAGGUGAUUGAGAUGUUAUCUUUGUGGUUAAAUGGCAUCAACAAAGUAGCAUCUAAUUGUUUUUAAAAGCAAUCUUUUUUAGUGUUAAGGAAUGCACAUUUGAAUGAGAGAAGGAGAAGUCCUUUAUUGCGCUUCUCUUUCUAGAAAAGAAAUCCUUUGAUAUAACAGUUGUUUACUUAGUCUUUCUUUUUUUUAAGUCAAAGUACUAGCAAAAUCUGUAGGAUGUUAUUACUGUUACUCUAGAAUUAUCGAUAGUGCUGUGUAUUUGCAUGUACUAGUGAUGUUUUCUUCAAGUGAUUAUCUUUAGAACAAGAAGUUUAUUUUUCUAAAAGGAGAGAAGGAUUUCCCAGCAGCUCCAAGCAUGAGAGUAUUUCCUCUGCUUUUCAACUGGUUUUAAUGUUUUGGAAGUCUUCAGGAGGACUUAUGUGAUCUCUCUGCCUUUGGCUAGAUGUUAUAAUCUUAAUACAACAAUGGUAUUCAGUGAGAUGGAAGAAACCCAAGGGAAAUGGGUUAAAGUGAAGUUUUGAAUCCAAGAAAGGACAUGGAUAUUUAUAAAACAGGGAGAUAGGCUUUGGGUUUUUUGUCAUAUAUUAGAAAACCUACUGCCUCCUUUUAAAAUAAAGGGCAGCAUUCUUAUGAUUUUAGGUUUUAGAUAUCAGUUUGAUUUUAACCUCAAAUGUGUGUUCUACUUCAACUGCUUAAUUUUAAGUGAAUCAGUAUUACAUAAACAUUGAAAUUUCACAUUCUGAAUUCUUCCCAAAAACUUGCUUGCUCUUUAUAUUUACUGUUAGAAAAUUUGAUUCCAAGCUGUUUCAAUAUUUAGAACUCAUUGAAAUUGCAAGUUAUUUUAACAAUGAGUGGCUCUGUUAAAUUGCCAUUUGAAUUGGAAAACCUUUUCCCUUGGAUUCUGAAAAAUGGUUCUGUACAUUUCUCCUUUAUUUACAUGGCACAGAUCUAAAAGAACCAAAAUUCCCUUUUCAUACAUGUUGGGGAAUGUAACCUGUUCAGAUUUGCAGUUUGCUUGUGAGUUUUUAGUUUAGCAAAGAUUAGAAUCUUAAAGAUUAUUUUUUGUAGAAAACUGAUGUUAAAUCAGUGGAUUUUUAGGUUUGGGGGUUUUGAGCCCUUUUAAUUUUUUCCUGCAGUGGAGUUCCAUCUUGUGAGAAAAGAGAAAACUCUUUGGGAAAGAUCUUAUGGAAAUUUUAUGGAAAAGAGAAAAUAUCUGUUUGAUUCUCUGGAAGUGGGCUAAUCAAGCUGAUCUUUUAAUGACUCAAAAGAUAACUCUUUCAAUAAGAGCUUUUGUUAACAGAUUUUUACAUUUUUUUGUCCUAGUACCAAAUUUAGAUGUUAUUAGAAAUAUUUUUUUCACAUUAAAAUCUCUGUCAAUGUCUCAACCUAAAACUAAAGUAGAAACUAAGUACGUAUAAUAAUUUUAAAGAAAAAUUCCCCCACUCCCCCAGCUGAUACUUGUUUAAUAUCAGAUGUCUUUCCAGUUUAUAUUGUCUUCAUUGGACUAUAGAAAGUCUGCGUUUUCUUCCACUUACCAGUUCUUUUCUCACAUUCAUUGUCUUUACUGUUUUUUAAUUUUUAUUUUCUUAUGUUUGUGCAUGUUGGGGGAGAGGGGAUGAGCCUGGAUAUAAUCAUUCAAUCAUCGGUGGCUAGGAGCAUAUUCUAUGUGAUACAUCUGGACAGUUUGUAUUUAAAUAACCUUUUCAUCCUGGCAUGUUUAGUGCAACAUUUGAUGACGUUUGGUUUAAAUACCAAUCUGGCUAGUUCAGAAUGAAAAAAUAUAUAUAUUUUUAGAUUCAGUUACCUUGGGCUUUGGCAAGACAGUGCAUUUAACUAUAUAUGGUAUAUGACUGAUAUCAGAGGAAGCAUAAGCUUUUGGUGAUUGUGUUGAAAUUAUUUCAUAGUAAAUGUUCAAAUAAGACAAUACUAAUUAUUAUAUUUGUAAAUUGUACGUUUUUAUACAGUGAUUUCAGAGAAGAUGUGUUUUUUUUCCUCUUAGAACAGAAAAGCAGUUACAAAAGGACAAGUGGUCUACUUUAAUGAAAGAACUGUCUUACACCAGAAAGGAUAUUUAAAUUGUUCAUGGAUCUACCGACUCCCAAAUUCCAUUUUGGAAAGGGUUUUCUUUAAGCGUUAUUGCUUGAUGAAUUUCUUUUUGAGCCUUUUUAAGGGCUUUUCCUUUUUACUUGAAUAAUGGUCUCAGUAUUUUAAGGAUUGGGAAAACUUGAAUUUUUGUACUAUAAAUGCAUUGUCCACUCUUUGAACUUGAAAUUAAAGCAACAGGGUUACAAGUUCCCAGAUGGUAGAGUGGUUUCUGGGAGUGUGUCCUCAGCCUUUCAGGUUUGAUUCAAAAAUCUGCACAGUGGCUUUGUAGGAAAUGUUUUAAUUUCGCUUUGUGUUUUUGUAUCAUAGAAGACUUGUGAAAUAAAUUAUUGGUAAACCAGAAUUUAUUGUUAUAUGAGCAGAUUAUGGGAAGAUUAAGGAUGGGAGAAUUGUGGCAUUUAUGAUUUUUUAAAGUCUUCACAAAUCGUUCUCUGUGUUUUUGUGUAAUUUUUCCAUUUCAAGUUGAAGGAAACCUAAUUAUUUUAUAUUAAAUGUACAUAUUAUUAACAUA